UUUCAAUACCCAAAACAUCCAUGGCGAAGGAAUGUAAAGUGAAAUUGAAGAGCUCAGAUGAUGAAAUGUUCGAGGUUGAUGAGGCCGUGGCAUUUGAAUCUGAAACAAUCAAGAAUAUGAUUGAGGAUACAGGCGUGGAGAGCGUCGUGCCCUUGCCGAAUGUGAACAGUAAGAUCCUGGCGAAAGUUAUCGAAUAUUGUAAGUAUCAUGUGGAUGCCACCAAAACCAGCGAAGAAACAAACGCCAUUUCGGAGUUGGAUGUGAAGACGUGGGAUAAGGAGUUCGUGAAGGUGGAUCACGCUACCCUUUUUGAUAUUAUACUGGCUGCCAACUAUCUGAAUAUAAAGAAACUUCUGGACUUAACGUGUCAAACUGUAGCUGACAUGAUUAAGGGCAAAACACCAGAAGAGAUCCGAAAGAUAUUUAACAUAAAAAAUGACUACACUCCUGAAGAGGAGGAAGAAGUCAGGCGUGAAAAUCAAUGGGCCUUUGACUAAAUCUGGAAGUUACUUUAUAUAUAGUUUUGUGGCAUGGGACUUGG